AUGGACGACCGUAGCCUUGGGCCCAGUGACACCGAACUCGAACUCGAAUACGAGUACAAGCUCCAGCUAUGGCGCCACAAAGCUCGUCAAUUAGAACAUGAAGAGCAAGGUAUGAGGCUUGAGUAUGAGAAAGCAAGGCUGGCGCGCAAUCGAAAAGGCAAGCGAAGCGUUCGGUCUUCGAGUCAAGGUGUCGAACAGGGGCCCGGCGAGAAGCGGACCAAGAGAGAUACGCAGGACCAAAUCACUGUCGGUGCAAAGACGGUGAAGGUGGUCGACCUCUCGGAAUCCCACUCCCCUGCCGCUGCAAACAGUUGGGAGGAUCGUGACAUGGGCUUUGAGGAUAACGAGGGCGCUGGAGGAGUGCUGAGCGAUGGUGCCGGCGAUGAGGAGUUGGAAGAUGGGUCAGCGGCUGAACAGAGACACCACGGACGGUUCGACGACGAAUCAGGAGAGGAACCAAUGGAAGAAGCGCAGCAGUCAGAAGAAGAGGAAUCCGAGGAGGACGGUACCGAGGAGAAAAAGGUAGACGACUUCCCAGGAAUGCCGACGCCAGCUGAAUGGAACCCAGCGACAAGGAACCGCGCCCCGAGGAAUCUUCAGUUCAAGUCCAUCAACGAGACUUUCCCAACCGUUUGUCUGAUGCCGAACGAACGCCUCGCCGAGCUGCGCUGCAUGGAAUGCUCCGGCAAUAUGAUCAACCGGGGUGGCCGUAAGCAAGCACUUAGGCCUGGUGCAAGCCUCCUUCGUCACCUCAAGGGCGCGCAUGGGGACAAGUACAAGAACAGUCUCACGGAAUAUGAGGUGGCAUAUCGCAGCGUGGUCAAGUGGCUGGGUCCUGCAGAGACUGCGGCUGUGGAGAACGAGCAGAAAGAAGGCUUUUUCGUGGAGCAGAUCAUGGUGACCAAGACAAUCACCCCAGAGCAAGCUCCCGCGGUGGACAAUGGCUGUUGCAGCUGUCUCCGGGAUCCUUGCGAGCCGCAGAUCACGUCGUGCUCCCACAUUUACUGCGAGCAGUGUGUGAAGAUCCUUCAGGAUCAGGCCAAGCGUUGCGGGCUCGAUCAUCCUACCUGCUUGAAGUGCGGCGAGCUUUUCUUGAGUGUGACACCGCUCAGCGAUUCCGCCUCGGACAAGCAGCAAGGCUCUAAGAGUAAUUACCACGCAGCUUCUGCUGAAGACGCCGAUGAAGAGGAGGAAGAAGACGUCAAACCCAUCAUCCGCCUGAUCCUCCGACCAUCAAGCUCGCGGCCACUUCAGGACUUGGAUCGCAGACACGACUGA